GUUUCGGAUCUGUCACGUGACAUUAAGUGAAAAUGGCGACGCUCGAAGACAAGGCAAUUUGGGACGAUGGAGAGGAAAGUCUUGGUGAGGAAGUAUUAAAGUUAAACACAGAUGAAAUAGUAACUAGAACAAAACUGCUAGACAAUGAAAUAAAGAUAAUGAGGAGUGAAAUUCUCCGUAUCACACAUGACCUGGCUGCAACUAAAGACAAGAUCAAAGAGAACACAGAGAAAAUUAAAGUCAACAAAACCCUGCCAUAUUUAGUUUCUAAUGUGAUUGAGUUAUUAGAUAUGGACCCAGUUGAGAGUGCAGAAGAAGACGGUGCCAAUAUUGACUUAGAUGCCCAAAGAAAAGGAAAAUGUGCAGUCAUUAAAACUUCUACAAGACAGACAUACUUUUUACCUGUAAUUGGAUUGGUUGACCCAGAAAAACUGAAUCCAGGUGAUUUAGUGGGUGUAAACAAAGAUUCAUAUUUAAUUCUGGAGACCCUUCCACAAGAAUUUGAUUCUCGUGUGAAAGCUAUGGAAGUGGAUGAACGACCAACAGAACAGUAUUCAGAUAUUGGUGGCUUAGAUAAACAGAUUCAAGAAUUAAUAGAAGCAGUUGUAUUACCUAUGACACACAGAGAAAGGUUCGAGGCAUUAGGAAUUCAGCCACCUAAAGGUGUGCUACUUUAUGGAGCCCCUGGUACAGGAAAAACGUUGCUAGCCAGAGCCUGUGCUGCACAGACCAAAUCCACAUUUUUAAAAUUAGCUGGUCCACAGUUAGUACAGAUGUUUAUUGGUGAUGGAGCUAAACUUGUCAGAGAUGCAUUUGCUUUGGCAAAAGAAAAACAGCCAGCAAUUAUAUUUAUUGAUGAAUUGGAUGCUAUAGGUACAAAGCGUUUUGAUUCUGAGAAAGCUGGUGACAGAGAAGUCCAGAGAACUAUGUUAGAAUUACUUAAUCAAAUGGAUGGUUUCAUGCCCAAUUCCCAAAUAAAGGUAAUAGCAGCCACAAACAGAGUAGAUAUUUUAGAUCCAGCUUUACUGAGAUCUGGGAGGUUAGAUAGAAAGAUAGAAUUUCCACAUCCCAAUGAAGAAGCUAGAGCUAGAAUAUUACAGAUUCACUCAAGGAAAAUGAAUGUCAGUAAAGAUACUAAUUUUGAAGAAUUGGCCAGAUGUACAGAUGAUUUCAAUGGAGCCCAGUUAAAGGCAGUGUGUGUAGAGGCUGGUAUGAUUGCCUUAAGAAGGGGAGCUACAGAGUUACAGCAUGAAGACUAUAUGGAUGCUAUCAUAGAAGUGCAAGCCAAAAAGAAGGCUAACUUACAAUAUUAUGCUUAAAUCUCAUUGUGGAAUCUCAUCAUCAUAGUUGUUAAAAUGUUGAAUGGACAAAAUAAAGUGAAAUAUAGAUCA